AGUUCCCUUUUUAAAUAAGUUCACAAUGGCACUUGCAGCCAUUUUAAGUUCUUCAUUGCAGUCUUCGUCCAGCACCAGAGCCCAAACAUUAAUUCGUUUGAUACUGACUUGCGCCGUCUGCAUCCACAUUGCUCGUGCGUUUAGUUUUAAUGAUGUGGCGAAAUAUGUCGUCAAACCAUGGUGUUUGACGGAGUGUUGCCAAGGUGGUUUUGGCUGGAUAAAUCAUACCAAUACCUCAGGCUUGCAAAAAGCUCUCAGAAUGCAGGUAUUUGGUCAGCAUCUAGUGACUGACCAUGUGGUAGGAGCAGUGGACGGUCAUCUCACCAACAAGGACCCGGACAAGCCGCUGGUGCUGUCCUUCCACGGCCCGACUGGCACGGGCAAGAACUACGUCGCACGCAUCAUCGCUGAGACCAUCUAUCAAAAGGGGAUGAAUAGCAAAUUUGUCCACCACUUCUCUUCCAAUAAACAUUUCCCCCACAAAAGGAAACUUGAAGAGUACCAGAAUUAUUUGAAGACGUACGUGGAAUUGGAAGUCUCAUGGUGUCCCUACCAACUCUUCAUCUUUGACGAGGUAGAGGACAUGCCGGAGGGGCUUCUGGAUUCCAUCAGGACCUUCCUGGAUUACAACAUCCACAUUGACGGAGUCGACUACCGGAAAACCAUCUUCAUCUUCUUAAGUAACAUAGCCGCCCGUGAGAUAAGCAACAAAACUGCCGAUCACCUGCUGGCCGGGAGAAGCCGGACAGAAAUCACGCUGAAGGAGAUGGAGAAGGUCAUUGAGGUCACUGCUAACAAGGCCUCAGGUGAGUGCCACAGCAGGAAGGCUGGGACAUACUCCAGGUGGACGCAAAAGCGAAGCGAAUAUGACAGCACGAAACAGUUUGCAGCCGUUCGAGUUGUGUCCGAAUUAUUCGAAGCCGUUCGAAUAAUUCGUUCGAAUUAA